CAUGCUGGGUAAACACGUGUGGGAACUCGCGCACUGUGUAGAAACAUUCGUGAGAUCGGUGUUUGUUUUUAAUAAUCUUAAUGAAAUUUGAGUGAUUUGUUACGGGUCUGCCUGAAACCAGCUUCUUUUAUACUCCGGAUUCUUCUGUUUCUCUCGCAGGACUCACAGGACUACAAAUAUGUCCUCCAAGAAGAAGAAGAACCCUAACAGCGGUGGUGGUGGUGGUAACAGCAGCAUGGACGAGCGGUUAAAGUGUAUUCAGAAGGAUCCACGCUUCUGGGAAAUGCCAGAGCGGGAACAAAAGAUCAAGAUCGACAAGCGUUUCCAGUCCAUGUUCCACGAUGAUCGCUUCAAAGUGAAAUACACGGUGGACAAACGAGGACGGCCCAUAAAUCAGACGUCCACUGAUGACCUGAGGCGCUUCUACAAACUCUCUGAGUCUGAGGAAGAUGAGGAGGAGGAGGAGAAAUCGGACAAAAUAAAGAAGGACAAGAAGAAGAAAAUAAUGGCAGACAGUGGAGAGAAGAGAGAAAAGGAGAGUGAUGAUGAAGAUGAUGAGCAGGAGGAAGAGGACGACGAUGAUGAAGAUGUCACAGAUGAUGAUGAUAAGAGGGAGGAGGAGGACGAUGAAAAAGAGGAGGAUGAGAGAGUGAUUGGUAGUGGAUCAGAAGACGAAGAGUCGUCGUCUGGUCUAGAGUCAGAUGAGGACAGCGGUCCAGAUCUGGCCAGGGGUAAAGGCAACAUUGAGACGAGCUCAGACGAAGAUGACGAAGACGACAUCGACACCCUCCUUCGGAAAGAGGAGGAAGAGAUCGAGCACGACUGGGGGGAGCUGUGUAAGGACGCUCCACGGAACGAGGCGAUUUCUGCUCGACUUGCCGUCUGCAACAUGGACUGGGACCGAAUCAAGGCCCGGGAUCUGCUGGCACUUUUUAACUCAUUCCUACCUACAGGAGGUGCUGUUCUUUCUGUCAAGAUUUACCCAUCAGACUUUGGAAAGGAGCGGCUGAAGACGGAGGAGACUCACGGGCCGCUGGAGCUGAAGGCUCUUCCUGAAGACUCUGAGGAUGACAACGAGGAGGAGAAGGUUUAUCGGGAGAAAAUGCGUGAUUACCAGUUCAAGCGUCUCAAGUACUACUAUGCGGUGGUGCAGUGCGACUCGGUCGACACAGCUGCCAAAGUCUACGAAGAGUGCGACGGCUAUGAGUACGAGAGCAGCUGUUCGAUGAUCGAUCUACGGUUCAUUCCUGAUGAUGUCACGUUCGAUGAGGAGCCCAAGGACGCAGCUACAGACGUGAACCUUGUCACGUACACGCCCAAAGUUUUCACCUCGUCUGCAGCGUCCACCUCAAAGGUGCAGCUGACCUGGGAUGAGACUGACCACGACAGGGUGACCGCCCUCAACAGGAAGUUCAACAAGGAGGAGCUGCUGGACAUGGAUUUCAAAGCCUACCUGGCCUCCUCCAGCGAGGACGAGGAUGAAGAGGAGUUGGUGGAGGAGGAGCAGCGAGAGAGUGCAUACGAUACUGUAGCAGCAGAUAAAACACAAGAGGGCGCCACAGUGAAGACGGGGGUAAAAGAGAGCGCAGAGGAAGAGCAGCAAAAGAACCAGAAGAGCCGACAACAGCGGCCCAAGAAGGAGAAGAGUGAGGAGCAGCUGAGUAAGUACAGAGAUCUGCUCAGAGGAAUCCAGGACAAGGAGAAGAAGCUGCAGGAAGACAAGGACAUGGAGAUGGAGAUCACAUGGGUGCCGGGUCUGAAGGAGACGACGGAGCAGCUGGUGAAGAAGAAGAUGGAGGUACAGGAUCCACUGACACCGUGGGAGGAGUUCCUGAAUAAAAAGAAGGAAAAGAAGAAGCAGAAGAAAUCUCAACGCAGGAUUCAGGAAGGGGCGGAGUCUGACGAGGAUCUCAGUGACGAUGAGCUUCCUCCCGACGUGGACCUCAGCGACCCGUUCUUUGCUGAGGAGCUCAAUGCCACGGGUCUGAAGAAGAAAAAGAAAGGAAAGAAAAAGGCAACAGCGGUGAAGACGCCGCAGGAGGAGGAGGAGCUGGAGAAACAGAAGGCUGAGAUGGCUCUGCUGAUGGAAGACGACGCAGAUGAGGCCAAACACAAACACUUCAACUACGACAAGAUUGUGGAGCAACAGAACCUGAGCAAGAAGAAGAGAAAGAAGCUGCUGAAGAAGGGGGAGGAGUCACUGGACAACGACGACUUCCAGGUGGACGUUAGUGACCCUCGUUUCCAGGCCAUGUUCACGUCACAUCUGUUCAACCUGGAUCCUUCAAACCCCAACUACAAGAAGACCAAGGCCACGCAGAGCAUCUUGGCUGAGAAGCAGCGUCGCCGUGAGGCGGAGGAGCAGCGGCAAACGGAGGCCAGGCUCACCCCUGAUGUGACUCCCAUCACACAGAAGGACUCGGCACACACAGGAAAUAAAAGGGAAAAUGACACUGACGCUCCCGUGGAGAAGAAGAAGGAGCUGGACCCAAGUUUGUCUCUGCUCGUCAAGUCCAUCAAGAGUAAAACGCAGCAGUUCCAGGCGCGGAAAAAACCAAAGUUGGCAUAGUUUUGAUGGAGUUAAAACUUUAAUGGACUACGAUGGUUUAUGCUUGGUAAAGAUGGAGCAGGCUGGGAAAAAAAUCUGGUGAAAGAAAGGAAGAUAGCUGAAUAAUGUUUGGAAUGUUUCAGUUUUUAAUAAAACAAAAAAAUAUAUUUUAUGGAAA